AAAGAAGUAAGAGGGGGUUGGUCGCUUCAGUGCAAAACCAGCUACAAAGAUUGGAAUGUUUGGGAUGAUAGCGAAAGAAUGUGCAAAAACUUCUUUCUCAUAAAGGGUUUCAGAAUGUUUUAGGGAAAGGUUAAUUAAUGCAAGAUGUUUUUCUGUAAGUUGUUUUGAUGUCUCUAAGAAGGGUUGUUUUAGGCUUAGUAGAGAUAACACAUAAGUUGUCCCGUGGGAAGAUGUGUGCAGAAACUGAUCACUUCUGUAUACACUGCUUACACGUAAGCCAUUUUGGGCAAGGACACUCAAUUAGUAUAUAAGGGAAGGUUCCGCCCUCAGUUUCUUUGGAAGCUCAACCGUGGGGAACGUGCACACCGCCCGGUAUUGGACCAGGCUCACGAGUUGAUCCUCUGACGAGACUGACACGCGGGCUCCCCCAGUCUACUGGUCUAGGAUGAUGGCUCUGGGUCUUUUGAUAUUACUAAUUGGGGGUGUUCUGAAUGAAGUAGGAGCCACCACAUUAGGAGGUGAGGCAACGGAGACGACUCCGGUCCGAUGGUGGUGGAACGAUUCCACUAAGCCCAGACGUCAGGAGAACACCACGUGUCUGGAGAAUCAGUCUUGCAAUGUCCUCAACAUUACGACUGGUGACGGGUGCACCAUCUACUCCUCGAACUUGAAGGUGCCGGGGGUAAAACCACAGAAGUAUCUGAUUGAGUGCUCUGAAAACUUAAAUAUUACCUGGACGUCGAAAGUAACUUGGUGUAUGGGGCCCUGGAACGGCUCCAAGGUACAGUGCGAGGACAAUGCAACAUCAAGCGAAUACACCUCUAAUAAGACUGGGCCCAUUGGCUGGAUCAAUGCAACUGAAAUUAUUAACAGGACUAUACCAAUGCUUGCUAUAGCCGUGUGGGCUAGAACCCCCAUAACGAGACAGUCACAUGUAGAACCAAUAAUUGACACAUGUAAACUUGUUUCUAUGACAGCAAAAAGGACUAAGGUUACAUGGCAAGUGACGUUUCCACUGUUGCCACAGUGUAAGCGUGCUAAACGGGCAUGGUAUGACACUUUCUUAGGAGGGGUUGGCACCACCCUAGGAACUUUAAACACCGUAGAUAAUGAAAUAACUGCAAACAAGCUUGAGAAUGUGGGACGACAUACUCACAAAGUGGCAGACCAAAUGGCUAGGUGGUUACCUCAGUCCAUGGUCUCUCAUCAGCAAACAGUAAACUGGGAACAACGCGCUUCAGAUUGGAUAAUCACGGCUAGCAAUGACACUCGAUGGCUAAAUGUGUCAACUUUCAUGAACUGGACUGUAUGCACUUUUAACAUAUUACAAGCACAGAUACAGAAAAAUAACAUGCAAAUGGCUUUAAGGACUAAUAAUAUGCAAAUAUGGCAAGAUAUAUGGAACAUUAGCAGUAGCUUAUGGUUAACAGUUAAACCUGAAUAUAUUAGGUGUAAUGAUACAAUAUGUAAUGGGUAUUGGUUUCAAUAUAAUGUUACCACUAUGAUAACCUUGUGUAGAUAUCACGUUUUACCUGUUGUUGCACACGGACACCCUUUGGUGCUGCUUAUUAUUAUUAUUGCUUUAAUGACUAUAUUUAAUUGCUAUGUGUUUUGUGUUUUAAAACGAAUUAAUAAUAGAGCACGACAGACAAGGUUGCUGAUUUUGCGCUGAGCGAGGGACCGAUUGUAAUAAAAAGGUUUUCUCUGUAACAGGAGAAGGGAUAAAAUAAAGAAGUAAGAG